AAUCCUAACCCUAACCCUAAUCCUACCUCCUCUAACUCAGCCAAGAGGAAGAGAAAUCUCCCGGGAAAUCCAGAUCCAGAUGCAGAAGUCAUUGCUCUAUCGCCAAACUCCCUCAUGGCGACGAAUCGAUUCAUAUGUGAGAUUUGCAACAAAGGGUUUAAGAGAGACCAGAACCUUCAGCUUCACCGGAGAGGCCAUAACCUUCCAUGGAAGCUAAAACAAAGGACAAACAAGGAGCAAGUGAAGAAAAAAGUGUACAUCUGUCCAGAGAAGAGCUGCGUACACCAUGACCCGGCCCGAGCCCUCGGUGACUUAACCGGAAUCAAGAAGCAUUUCAGCAGAAAACAUGGUGAGAAAAAGUGGAAAUGUGACAAGUGUUCCAAGAAAUAUGCUGUCAUGUCCGAUUGGAAAGCUCAUAGCAAGAUUUGUGGUACUAGAGAAUACAGAUGUGACUGUGGUACCCUCUUUUCCAGGAAAGAUAGUUUCAUCACACAUAGAGCAUUUUGUGACGCCUUAGCUGAAGAGAAUGCUAGAUUUGUCUCAGUUCCACCACCACCAGCCGCACCCGCACCCGCAUAUUUGAACAAUCCCCCGGAUGGGGAAGUAAACCUUGGAAACAUCAAUCAAAAUCAUCAACAACGACAAGUUAAUACUACAUCUUCUCACUUGGACCAACCCGGUUUCAAUAUCCGUCGCAAUAACAUUGCCUUUUUGGGACAGACCUUACCAACCAACGUUUUUGCGUCCUCAUCAUCGCCAUCACCUCGUAGUGCAUCUGACUCCCUUCAAAAUCUAUGGCAUUUACAAGGACAAUCAUCUCAUCAGUGGCUUCUCAAUGAAAACAAGAACAACAACAUUCUCCAAAGGGGAAUAUCCAAGAAUCAAGAAGAACGUGAGAUCAAGAAUGUGAUUAGUAAUGGUUCUUUGUUCUCUUCGGAAGCACGCAACAACAAUAAUAAUUAUAACCAAGACUGUGGACAAAUAGCAUCAAUGUCAGCCACGGCAUUACUACAAAAGGCAGCUCAAAUGGGAUCAAAGAGAUCAUCAUCAUCAAGCUCAAACAAUAGCAAGACUUUUGGUCUAAUGACCUCUAUCUUCAACAACAAACAAGGAGAGAAUAUCAAAACUAAGGAAGUUGAUGAAAGAGGCUUCACGAGAGACUUUCUUGGUGUGGGAAGUCAACACCGUUCUUGGCCAUUAUUGAUGGUGAACCAUAAUCUUCCCGACUUGUCUCCUCCGGGCACCACUGACGGCACACCAACCGCGGACAUGAACCAGUAAUCUUGUAUUGUUCAUGAUAAUGAUAAAAGGUAAAUUACAUUAUGUUGUAUGAAUUUUAAGAAAAAUCAAGAUUCCUC